GCGAAUGGUUGUUAGCAUUAUGUUUCGUCACAUUUUAUUAUCUUGGUCAUUAGCUACUCGUGAAACUUUAUCAACCAAAGAUCUCAGCGGAUCACAUAAUUCAGUCUUUGUUGAACCCCGUCAACCAGACAAAGUCACAGUGGAUUACAACAGUGCAUCGCAUACUCAAAGAAAAGUCAAUAAACGUGAGCUAAAAGCGUUAUUAAAGCAGACUAAAAAGAAACCAUCAACUGUAGACGAGACAGUGAUCGCUGCUAUUGAUGAAUUGGCUAUUCACUUGAAAGAUACUUGUGUGAUUGACACGAAACCAGUACCUCGUCGACCAAUCCCAGUCGCUGUAUCUCCUAUUUUAGCCUCACGUCAAUCUGAAACACCAUCCCGUAGAGGUGUCGGUGCACGCAGAGGCGGCCGGAGAGGUCGGGGUGCUCGUCGUGGUGGUCUUUCUUCUCCUACUUCUACCACUUCCAUAGAACAGACGGUUCUUCCGGCAUCCUGGGUACCUCUUAUCCUACCGAACCCGUUAAGAAGUCCCGUGACAUCAGAUCCUGAGGGUGAUAAUUUGGGGGUGAAGUCGAAGUUAUGUGCACCUUGGCUUCAACAACUUCCUGAAUCGCGGGUGCAUCGGUUUGUUGUGAAUAUGCGCCGUCUGUUGGCGGCUACAUUAAAAAAUCCUAUAGAAACUGAUCACUUAUCUAAAAAACCUAUUCAACUUAUAGAUUUAACAUCAGACAAACAAGAUUAUUCUACUAGCGCUUUCGAUAAUCAAUCGAAACAAUUAUCAUUUCCACUAAAUUCUAAUGUACAAAAUCUUGGUCAUCAUACAAUAAUACCCUCUGAGAUAAAAAAUACUGAUCAGCUGCCUCUUAUUAAGACAGUUGAAGAUGUAAAUCAAAAUGAUUCAAAGUUUAUUUCAAAUCCUACUGAUGAUUCUGCUUCGAAGUUGAAUUUUAAACUUGUUGAAAGUACUACUGUCACACGUACAUUGGUUUCUAGUUUAACCAAACGUCGAGGUAGAGGUAAAAAACACCAUGGAUUUCGCCGUAACUUUUCAUCUGUACAGUCGAAUACAAUCGGUGCAUCUGAAUCAAUCCCUUUGACAAAUACUAGUCUUGUUUCAUCAUCAUCAAAUCCGACUAACGAUCAACACGUAGAAACUAGUCAACAUGUUGUUCGAAUGCCUAAAUCAACUUCUUCUAAAGGGAAAUCUCGUGUUUCUCGUGAACUUCGUGGUCUUGUCACUUGGGACGCUGUAAUGGCCGAACAACGCAAACGUGAACAGGAAUUAAAAGACAUCGAAGCUAAAGGAGGAUCUGCCUCACUUCAUCCAUCUGAGGUGACGUUAUCAGUUGUAACUGACUUUAUAGCCUCUGUAGAAGAAGAAGGUCUAACUCCUAAACUUCGCAGAACUCGGCAAACUAGCGGCAGUGUUCCCAGCCAUGUUACGCAUUCAGCUGUAGGAUCUGAUGCUGCUUCUAUGCAAACUACAAUUGCUGCUUCCGAACACACUAAUUAUGAAAUAAAUUGUCGUGUGAAACCGGGUGAAACAUCUUCAGUAGUCGCAUAUUCUGGACUUAGUACUGAAGUGUCAAGUGUAUCGUCGGAUAAUAUAAUUUCAGUUCAAAAAACAACCAUUCAUAAAACAACCGUUGACAAUAAACCGUCUACUGGGAAUAGUGCAGGUGAAUCUCGAUUGAAUCAUUCGGAUUGUGAUCAGAAAUGUUCGUUUUCAGUCACCUCAGAUGCAAGCGAAAUGGAAUCUGCAUGUGUUACCCAAUAUUCUCCAAUUUCUGUAGAACAAGAACCAAACGAAUCACAGCAUGCUUCAUUUGAACAACUUGAUGACGGUGCAUUUCAGUCGUCAACUACAGUUAAGCGGAAUAUCAGUCCCUUAAAAUCACCGGGUCGUCGUAAAAAGAAGUACAAAAUUAACCGGUUGUUUAAAUCCCAUCCUUGUGACUCGGAUCGCCACCCGGAACAAUAUAUACUUAAUGAUUCAGUAUCUCAAAGUUCUGUUACUGUCGACUCUCGGCAACAAUUUGACACCUCUUCAUCUGUUUCAUCUCAUCCUGUUCCUUCGACGAAGCGUAAACGACAAACACAACAUGGGGUUCUUACAAGUACAGAUCCAAUUCUUGAAGAUCCCAACUUCGUGGAACAGUCUGCACGUCUCCAAGAAACUGACGGUUCUGAUGCCUGUGAUAUUUUACCUACUUCCGCCUCAUCAUCACUUCCAAGCAACGUAAGACGUUCUUCUACUUCACGUAGCUCAGCUCUUCCUCCUCGAAAACGCUACAAGGUGGGAAUAGAUACAUCCAACACCAAUGAAAACCAUGCUUCCUCUGUUAUGGAUAAAGAUAAUUUGAGGGAUUUCUGUAAAUCAGGUUUCAAUGAGCCCAACUUGUCUGUAACUGUCAUAGAUUUAACAGAUAAUGCCUCAAGUACUGGAGUUUGUCAUCUUGGAAAUGCUGAUAUAUCUCUAUCAAAACCUGAACACAGAAAACGUGGUCGAGGUCGUCCGUCUAGACGCUUAGAAAGACUGGAAAGCAAUAGUAAUAUACCAGUUUCCCCCUGCUUAUCUUCUGACUCAGUUUCAGUAACUUGUGAUCGUCCAAAACGUGAGGCGGCAGCGAUGGGAUUUGCUAGUUUAGUUGCUGCAAACUUGAAUAAUACUGGUGUCGCUAUCAAUUCUGCACCAGAAACACCAGAAACUAUUAAUGUUAGAUCGGAAACUGGAAGUUUACCAUCUCCUACUACAAAUAUCAGUUGGGUUGAACAACAACAACAACACAUCGGAACUUUAGAAAUACAAGCCUGUAAGCCAACUGUAUCUCGAGGUCGUGGUCGCCCUCCUAAGCCCAGACCUAUUCAAUUACCCGUUGCUGAACAUAUGCUAAAUCGAAGUGCUGUGGAUUCAGAGAACAUGUUGGAUUCAAUUUCAAGUCGUCCUCUUCAGACUGUCAACGAAUCGCCGUUAUCGACAUCAUCCACCACACAUGCACAAGAAUCAAUACAGGUUAAGGAAGCUACUCAUCAAUCGUCUGAACAGAGUACUGAAAAUCAACAGAUGAGAAUCAAUGAAGUUCCAAUUGAUACAGCAUUGAAAGAGACUGACGAUAGUGCUAUAUCUCGCUCCCAAUCAGAUUCAAAUAACUCUUUAACAAUGUCGACAAAGUCAUCGAAAUUGCUAUCGAUAAAACAGACAAGCAAAAAGAAUUCUUUACAAUCUAGCAUCAAAAUGAAACCCGAAGUCGAUCAUUUGACUAUCAAAAGUAUGGCUAAUUCAUCUAUUCUAAGUUUGGAUGCUUCAUCAACAUUAUUAAAUCAACAACACUGUCGUUUACCUAGUCGUAAUAGUUUUUUCAAAGAUGCUACCAUAUCCAGUUUGGAACAGAUUUCAUUUCUCAAAGAUCGUUGUUUAAGUGGUCCACUGUAUGAAUUAUUUUGUAAAUUUCUUGAUGAACCUGAUCCACUCGAACCAAAUUAUCGGCUUUGUGCUCCUAUAAUAUACUUACCAUCACCUGAAAGGUAUCCGGAAUUUUAUCGAUUUACCUUAUCAUCACAUUUAUCUGGUUCUGGAUUAAGUGUUAAAUUUACAUCGAAUUUUACUAAUCGUCUAUUUUCACCAAUUGGUGAUAAUGAUAAUAAUAAUGAUGAUGAUGAAAUUUAUCAUGUUGAAUAUCCAUCACUUUGUUUAGCCAGUAUUGCAUCACGAUUUAUUAUAAAUUCAAUAAAAGAUCAAACAUUAAAUAAUAAUAAUAAUAAUGAUAAUUUGUCACCUCAUCAUCAUCAUUUAUUACAUGUUGAAUUAUCAGAAAAAGAAGAAAAUCAUUUUCUCAUAGUUACAAAUGCUAAUAUUAUGGAAAGUUUAUAUUCAUUAGAUAUAGCUAUGGAUAAUAUGUUCACUGUAUGGGAAGCUUUUACUGGACGUCGUAGUUGGUUUGGUCGACGUUUAAUGAAAUUAAAAAGUGUUUAUAUAAAACAUCGUACUAAUUUGAUUGAAAGUUUAAAGUUGGAGAAUCACAUACCGGUUGCAAUGCCAAAAUCGUUUAUACCAUGUAUAAUUAAAUCACAAAAUAACAGUUCUAAGAAAAAAACUGAUCGUCGUGCACUAGAACGUGGUGCUGAAGUUAUUCGAUGUUUGUGUGGUUUUCGUGUUGAAGGUGGUCAUGUUAUGGUUCAAUGUGAUUUAUGUGCAUCGUGGCAACAUCUACCAUGUUUAUGGUGGGCACUUAGUCUGGCUAUUCGUAAUGAUUCCUCCAAUGGAUUAAAUUCAAACUUAGUUCGUUUAUGUCAAACAGCGUUAAUUGCUGCACAAGCUGUUGGUGGCGGUGGCGGUAAUACAGUUGAGGUAGAUGUGAAAGGUGAAGAUGAUCGAGAAGUUGAUGCUCCUUAUAUAUGUCCAGUUUGCUUGAAAUUGGAUAAUUUGACAAAAGAAUAUCCUCGUUCAUUAUCUGCAGCGAUGAGUUUAAACGAUGUAGAUGCUGUCUUUGACUUACAAGAUACACUGGUGAAAGGUGAACAUGAAUUCUGGACAUUGGGUAGUCCUGAUGGAACUUGUCAAAUACGUACAGAUGAUUAUGCAUUUGUUAAUCGUUUUUGGUUAAAUCAUCUCAAUAUUUCACAGGAUAUAUCAAAGGGAACAACAACUACUGUAUCAAUGAAUGUUAAACAACUUUUAGAUCAAUCCCUACAGUCUCCAGUGAAAUCUGCUUAUGAUCGUAUUAUUGUUCGAAUUUAUCGAUUAUGGAAGGAUGUCAGUGGUUUAGCUUGGCUAGAAGGUGGUUUAUUUCUCCGUCCAUAUGAUUUACCUCCGAUAUCGGCAAUAACUGAUUCAUCAAAAUGCCCACAAUUUUGGCAUCUUGAUGAAGUCGUCUACGAUGAGGCUAGACGUGUUAUUCUUCCAUUAGACGCUUGGAUUGGUAGAUGUAUGGUGUUAUGCCCUUCAGCAUAUAGAGUUGGUAGACCGGCUGAUUUACUAUAUACAGCACAUAUAAAAGAAUUUAUGCCAUCACUGAAAAAUGACAAUCUGAAUGAUUCCAAUUCUACUGCAAAUCAGUUUCAAUAUUUCUUUGUUUGUGAAAAAUUAUUUGAACAGUCAUCAGUUGAUAAUCAUAGUUGUAGAUUUGAUGAAAUAUCUCCUGGUUACUUAAAAGUCAGUAUGAAGCCGUAUUGUUUCCUUCGUAAACCUGAUAAUCAAUGUAUUCGUGGUAGUUUACCACGACAGUAUUCAGCUGUUGAACUACUCACCCGUGAUCAAAUACCUUUCUCAGAGGCAUCUGUCAAAGAUGAACAAACAUUUGAAAUCAAAACUUCUCCUGAAGAAUGUACUACAACAUCUGGAAAUAUGUCCAAUAGCGAUGAGAAGAAUGCUACAGUUCCAGUUGGCAAUUUAAAGCAAAAAGGUGAAAAACUGGCUCGUGUUGUUGACUGGUUGGAACGGAAACGUCAAACCAACUCUUCACAAUCCACAGUUACAUUACCUCAAAAUUCCAUUGUUCCAGAACAACAACAACAACAACAACAACAACAACAAACUUCCAUUUCAUUGUUACCCGUUGAAAAUAACCCAGUUAUUGAUGAAAUAUCAUUACCAUCAUCACGUAGUUUGUGUUCUCGAGGUCGAAUUCCACUUAGAAUCAAUCGUGGAAGAAGUAGAGGUUUCAAUAAAUCAUUGAAACUUACAUCAUCUAAUCCUGUACCAUUAUUACCUGAUAAAUUUUCUACAUUAACUACUGUACUCCCCGAUAAAAUUGAUGAAAUAUCAUCUAGCAAUGAAGAUGAAUCUCUCAAUAUUCCCGUUAAACGUACAUGUAUGUCAGCAAAUUCAUCACCAACUCAAUCAAAUAUUGUUCAAAUAUCAUCUGAAAUUAAUGUAGACCAUAAUUUAUUGUCAUUAGUCAUAAUCGAUUCAAAUAAUUCAUUAUGUAAUACAGUUGAUAAAAAUUCACCUAAACAACUCUCAAAUGAUCCUCUUAUCUCAUCUAAUACAGAAGAAACUAAUGUGAAUACUUUAGCAUUAAAUACUAUUGUCCCAAUCACUUCUACUACAAAUAAUAAUAAUUCACCUCUUAAUUCACUUAAUACUUUAAAGCCAUCUGAUUUACAAUCUAAUGAAGAUUCUAUAGAUCGUUUAUCAUCAGUAAUAUUAAAGCCUACAUCAAAUAAUCAAUCAAUUAUUACGUCAUCCACUGAUGAUCAUUUGAAUAUUUCAUCAUCACCUAGUUUUGGAUCAACAAGAAAACGUAAAUGUUCCAUUACACGUAAAAGAUUAGUACCAGAACCAGAAUUACUUCAUGAAAUUAUUGACAAUCUACAAAAUAAUAAUAAUACUUCAUGUUUAACUGUUAAUCAUUUAUCUGAAUUAAACCAUAACAAUACAUAUGAUAAUAUAUCUAUUGAAAGUUUAAACAAUUCAAUUCAUAUAUCAGAUGAUACUAAACACUUAUCACCUUCAACUAAUCAAAUAUCUUCAAUAGAUCGAACAUUAUCAAUCCAAUCAUCAUCAUCAUCGUUGUUGUCGUCGUCAUCUUCAUCAUCAUUAUUAUUAUGUACACAUUUAUAUGAAUCAAAUUUAAUUCGGAAUAAUGAUGAUGAUGAUGAUGAUGAAACUUGUUUAAUGAAUAUACAACCAAUUUUCUCUAGUCAUAUUACAAUUCAUAAAGUUCUAACAGAAAUUAAACAUUUUGCAUUGAAAUCCAAUCAACCAGUUAUUAUGUCAUUUAAUCAUAAUAAUAAUUUAAAAUCAAUAAAUGAUUGUGAUCAUCAACCUUCAACAUCAAUUUCCCCAAAUUAUUCAUUGAAUCAAAUUAAUAUCACGAAUCAACCGAUAAUCGAUAAUAAUAAUAAUAAUAAUAAUGUAGAAAGUUCCAACAUAUUCAUAGAUGACAGUUCAAUAAAUCCUUUAAAUGAAGACCAAUCUAUUGAAUCAUCACAUGAAAAGGAAGUCGUUGUAGAUGAUGAUGAUGAUGAUGAUCAUCAUCAUCAUCAUAACAUUUCUCCUACUUCAACUGAAAAUAUAUCUCAUACUAAUAAUGAUAUUGAUAUAGAUGAUGUUAAUAAUAAUUGUGCUGUGAAUAAUAAUGUACAAGAUGAGAAUAUUUCAUUCAUAACAACUAAUCAUGAUAAUAAUUCAUUGUUAGAUACUUCUAUAGAUUUACUCAAUAAUCUAACUACUACUACUAACACUACUACUACUGAACAAAAAGUUAACGAUAGUAGUAUUGGUGCUAGUUGUGAAUUUUCUACAACCGUCAUUUCAAUUCCAGAUAAUAAUAAUAAUAAUAAUAAUAAUAAUAAUAAUAAUAAUAAUAAUAAUAAUAAUAAUAAUAAUAAUAAUAAUAAAGAAUAUAAAUCAUUUACAAAAUUCGCUGUUGAAACAUUAGUUUCAGAUGAUUAUUCAACCAUAAAUUCCAUUUGUACUACGUAUAAUUCAUCUCCUGAAAAAGAUUCAUCAUUAUCCCCAAAUAAUAAUAAUACUUUAUUAAAACAUAAUGAAUUAUCUACUGAAUUAAAUAAUGAUAUUAAUAUGAUUGAUAAUUCAACCGUCAACAAUCAACAAUGUGAUGAAUCUAUUUGUCAAGAGAAUACACUUUUAAACUCUUCAUCAUCAUCAUCAUUAUCUGUGAAAGAUGAAAUCAAUCAAUUUGUUGUUGAGAAUGAGACGACCACUACAGAAAUUAUCUCUCCUAUAUCAUUAAUAACAAAUUCAAAAUCGAUAUCUAAUGAUAAUGAUUCUCCUCCAAUAAGCAUUGGAACACCUGUAUUAGAUGAAAAAUUAGAUUCCAUAGAACACAUAUCCACUGAUAUUAUACCUGAAUGUUUUCAAUCAAUUAAAACUAGUUAUAAUGUUACAGAUUUACAAACUCCGAUUGUUCAAAAUUGUCAAUUAAAAACAAAAGUAGAUACUGAUAUAUCUAAAUCACGUCAACCAACUACUACUACUAAUAUCACUACUACAGCUCAUAAUAGUAGUAGUAUUUUAGCAUCUAAAAAAUUUAAAGAAUCAUCUCGUGAUUAUGGUGGUCAUUAUGAAAACCGUCAUCAUUCACAUGGACAUCAUAACUCGUAUCAAUCAAGAAAUUUCAGUAAAUUUGAUCAUUAUAGAUCAUCGUCAUCAUCAACAUCAAAACAACAUCCAUGCUUUAGUAGUCAUCAUUCUCAUCAUAAUUCUCGUUAUGAUCGUAAACACCAUACACAUCCACCUCAUUAUCAUCAUCAACAACAACAAUCACAUCGUCAUGAUGAAUACAAUCCUCGUUAUCGUGAUUCGUCUUCUUCACAUAGAUCAAGAGAUCGUGAUGACAGUUCUCCAUAUUCAUCAAGGCAUAAUCAUGGCGAAAGAUCAGUAUCGAAUUCAUCACAUCGUCAUCAAGAUCGCAUUUAUACCUCUGGAAAUAAUCAUGAUCCUUCUGAAGCUUCAAAUUGUUAAUUAAUAUAAUAAAAAGCUGUUCAUAAUAAAUAGAAUUUGUAAUCAAGAUCUACAUUCAUAGACAUAUAAUCUUCAGUCUUGUUUCCUGUUUCUCCUCCUCCUCUCUCUCUCUCUCAUCUCAUUUGUAAUCACAACGUAUUUGUUAAUAUUUCUUUUUAUCCAUAGGGUUUAUAUAUAUUGACAUGUAGAGUAGAACAAGGAGAGUAGGACAAAAUAGAAAGAUGAUUAUGAAAACUAUUGAAUAAACGCACAUCUAUUUUGUGUUGAUUGAUAAUUUUCAAUUCAUUUUCCUUUAUUAUUAUUACCACUAAUUUCAUUUAUUCUUUCAUAUUGUUUUUUUCUUUAAGUGUGUACAACGUAUGUAACAAAGUGUGUGUGUGUGUGUAUAUAUAUGUUGUGUAUAUUGUUAUUUUGUGUUGAUCACCUUCUCUCUAAGGGUGUUUUAAUGCUCCAUACACACUCACAUACACGUUAAUGUAAACUUGACUUACAUUGAAAAAUAUUUGUUUGUUUGUUUUUUGUUUUAAACACAAUUACACCUCUCUCUCUCUCUAUACUUUAGCCAAAUAAUCAUUUGUGUGUGUGUGUGUAUAUGUUGUAUGUAUGUGACACAACGGAGUAUAAAGUCCUAAACCUGUCAUUUUGUUUUAAUUCAUCAAUGUAUGUACAUAUUAACCACAAGACACAUAAUAUUUUUUCUUUAGAUAAUUAUGUAAUUUAUACACACAUAUAUACACCUCUUCAAUGAUCCCCUCUCUCUCUCUCACACACACACAUCAUUACUGUGUAUGGACAUUCGGUUGCUAAGAUUUCCUCAUUCUACAUUUAUUGAUAUGCUUUAAUUGUCCAUUAGACAAUGUGCACAGUAAUCCUUAUUUUGAAUUAUACAUAUGAUGUAUGAAUUGAGUUUUAUUUUUAUUCAUGAUAAUGAUACUGAAUUCCUUGAAAUCAAUUAUCUUCCCUCACUGCCCCCCCCUCUUUUUUUCUCUCUAUUGACUAUUACAUCUAAUGUUGAAGAAUUAUGUAUAUAAAUUUGCUAUUUAGUGAUUGUUUUUAAACAAAAACCAUUACUAUUUUAUUGGUUUUCUCUACUCUACUCUACUCUACUCUAAUUUGACCAAUUUAGUUUCAUGAAGGGGAAGGAUUGUUUUUAAUAAUGUGUGGCAUUUCUUAUCAUUAUUACUAUUAUUGUUAUUAUUAUUAUUAUUAUCAUCAUCAUCAGUAUAAUUUAUUUAAUUUAAUUCUUUUUCUUUACUAUGAUAAUACUAAUCAUAAUAAUAAUAAUAAUGUAUUUAUAAGACGAAAUAUCUUGCAUUAUUGUUCUGGUCUUUAAAAACUCACUAUUAUAGUCAUAGAUGGUCGGAGAUAGUUGUCAAGGUACUAAAUUUAAUCUGAGUUAUGUGUUAGUUAGCAUUUGUGUUAUAACAAGACGUAUUGUUACUUUUUGUACUAUUCAAAUUUCGCUCAAUUUAACUCCACAAUUUGAAGUCCUCCACUCAACUCUAUUUGAUUAAUUGAUCAGUAGUGAAUAUAUUGAUCCGACCUUCAUAGCCUUUCGCUGCCAUGCAUUUUUCUUCUGAUUGUUGUUACAUACUACGUAUGUCUGUCAACAUAUGUAGCAUGCACCACAGUAGUAUGUUGAAAAUUAACAAAGAAUUCA